UAGAUUAGACAACAACUCCGCACAUGCGAGAGUUGUUUUAGGGUUUUCUUCUUCACUAUAACACCGCCACUCAUCCUUUGGAUAAUACAGUUAUGCUCACAUCUCUCUUCUAAUCACCGCCUCUAAUCUCUCCAUCUCCGUUAUCGCCGAUCAGCCUUCACAUUGCUUUCGCCUGUUAUGUCCAACAAUGUCUUGCCUCAUCAGCCUUUACCUGUAAGUACACAAAUGAUGGGUCCAUGCGUUGAUGUCUCUACUUCGGAAGUGAGAUUCAUGUCAGAACCAAACUGUAACUAUCAAGAAGCUCAGAUCUCUGAGAGGCAAAAGGAUUGUAAUGUAACAAUGCAGUCAUCGUUUGUGCCUAAUGGUGCCAUUGUAGGAGGAUCCAUGGACACAAGUAAGCGAAAGACACCUUUGCAUCCUCAACCAUUGGCUGUGCAAAAUAAACGGAUGGUACCGAACCGAUCUGAGCUAAACAAAGGCCCCAAGUCAGCUUCUGUUUCGCCUAAAACACAGUAUUUGCCUCCUGCUUCGUUGUGUAAGAAUACUUCUUUCUCUUGUAAUAAUAAUAAUAAACCUGGGAAGCCAACUACAGCGAGGAAACAAGCUUCUCUGCCGGUGAAACCUCAGAGCGAGUCUUCUAAUGUUGUGAGGUUUAAAAUGAGAGAAUCGUUAGCAAGUGCACUGGCGAUGGUGCAACGCCAAAAGGAGACGAAAAGGUUACAUAGUAAGUCUGUGGAAGUUCUUGUUAGUGAUCCAGACUCGGCUGCUUCUGGAGUUGAUGUGAUGGUGUCCAAUGGAGGAGGUGCCUCUGUUCAGACAGUUGUACCGGAGAUUUUGACCAUGGCCAAGACAAGUGACAUCACUGCACAAGAACCCUUUUCGCUAGCUCAUGUUUCAUAUAGUGACAAUGUGUUACGAAAUGACCUCUCUUGGGAUCUUGAGUCAGAUGAAAUGACUGGAGCAACGGCUAAUGGUUGGAGUCUGGAGAAGCUGUUGCUGGAUCCAAAAGUUUUGGCAUUCAAAAUAGAAGCAGAGCUCUUUAAGUUAUUUGGAGGUGUGAGUAAGAAAUAUAAAGAGAAAGGAAGGUCUCUCUUGUUCAAUUUGAAAGACAAGAGCAAUCCUAAGCUCAGGGAAAAGGUUAUGUACGGAGAAAUUGCAGCGGAGCGGUUGUGUUCAAUGUCAGCUGAGGAACUCGCUUCAAAGGAGCUAGCGGAGUGGCGACAAGCGAAAGCAGAGGAGAUGGCUCAAAUGGUUGUUCUGCAGGACACAGAGGUGGAUAUCAGAAGCUUGGUAAGGAAAACACACAAAGGAGAGUUCCAAGUGGAAGUGGAGCCGAUGGAUAGCGGCUCGGUGGAGAUCUCUGUGGGAUCGAGUUCGCUUAACUGGUCUCGACCGAAGAGUAUCAAGAAGAAAACACUUGGAGUCAAGAAUGAGUUGAGCAACACUAGUGAGGUCUCUGCUCUAGUUAACUGUGUCAGAGUAGAUGAUGUGAUGCAGGCUGCCACUGGAUGUCUUCCUCCAAUUGUUUCUCUUGAUGAGUUUAUGUCAUCCGUAGAUUCAGAAUCUCCAUCUGAGUCCUUGUCUUCAGAUAUUGGGAAAGGACCUUCCGAAUCAGAGGCUAAUAUUGAUCUUGGUACAUCACAAGUUAAGGCUGAGGCAUCACCAGUUAAGGCUGAGUCGUCAAAGCCUUAUUCGGAUUUGAAAUCAGUUUCCAUACCUGCGGGUGAACGUCUAUGGGAAGGUGCACUCCUGUUGAGUGUUUCUUCUGUGGUCUCUGUCAUCGGCAUUCUGAAAAGUGGCGAAAAAACCACUACAAAGGAGUGGCCUGUGUUGCUAGAGAUCAAGGGUAGAGUCAGAUUAGAUGCAUUUGAGAAGUUUGUUCGAGAGCUCCCAAAUUCCAGGAGUCGUGCUGUAAUGGUUAUGUGUUUCGUCUGCAAAGAAGAAUGCUCCAAGAUAGAACAAGAAACCAUUUCUGAGGUGGUGGAUUCAUACUCUAAAGAUGAGAGAGUUGGUUUCGCUGAACCGGUUUCAGGAGUUGAGCUUUACCUUUGCCCAAACCGUGGCAGAACCACCGAGAUUUUAAGCAAUAUUGUUCCAAGAAACCAACUUGAUUUCUUGAAAUCUUUAGAUGAUGAUGGUCUUAUAGGUGUUGUUGUAUGGAGAAGACCACAAUUAGAAAAACCACCAAUAUCUUACUCUCACAAGAACCACGGUUCUCCGUUAACCACAUUUAAUACGUCUCGUUACGGUAACAUGCUGCCUCAGGUCAACAACCAUGAUGAUGGUGGUGAUGUGCCUCCGGGGUUUGGUCCAAUGGCCGUGGCUAGGAGGGAUGAUGGUGAUGAUGAUGAUGACUUGCCUGAAUUUAACUAUUUGUCUCGUGGAGAUGUUGUCAUGAACCGGACAAGCAGGUCCCAUUCUGUAAGAGAGCUAAUUCAUAAAUAUGGACAAUCUGAACCUUUGUGGAAUCAAGGUUUUAAUAAUAAUGGCUAG